AUGGAUCGUGACGAGAAAAACAUUUUUUCUGAGUUUGAAGAUGAAGAACGAAAACAACUUGUUGCAGAGAUCAUAACUCAGGACCCUAGCCUCGCUACCCUCCCUCGUUCAAGUUUUUUCAGCCUCUGGUUCUCAGACAUCAGGAUCCUUCGGCACUUCGCAAAAGUCCAGGAGGAAGAUCCUACUUUUGCCUGGAGGACUUAUACACUAGGCAAUGUCAACGGAGAUGAUAUUCCUGGGAUCGUCGCAGGGGGCAAGCAAGUGAAUAAGUCAUCCUCAAAAGGCAAAGCUUCAUUCGAAUCCAGGUUGCCUAGAGCAUUCCAAGGCCCUGCUAGCAGAUCUCGCUCCAUGUCUCCUGAAAAGGCCCACCCAGGUCUCCGAGACCGUUCGAUUAACCUGCCACGCACUUCCUGGGAUGACCAUCCAGCCCCCCCCCAUGGCCAGGCUCCAUGUUUAGUUCAGCCUGACCGGCAAAAGCGCGACGAUGUAAUUAAAAAGAAGUGUCUAGAACGGGAUGACGCCCGAUGCAUCCUCACCAAACGUGAUCAACCCGGACUUCACUGUGCCCACAUUGUGCCCUUCAAAUUAAAUGGUUUCAGCGCGAGUCAUAGCUCUUGGAGCUGGCUUCGAGUCUUCUGGGGUCGGGAGGUAGCCGAUAAGUGGAUGGCUGAGCUGCUCAAUGGCUCAAAUCAACCGAAUCUGUUCAACACUGAACAGGUUAAGAAUCUGAUAACGCUUGGAAGCCAAGAACACAACUACUGGGAUAAUGGUAUUUUUGCCUUCCGUCCUGUGAGAACCUACCAGCAGAACACUAAAAUGGAUAUUGCGUUCCAUUGGUUACCACCUCGCGGAAGUGAGAAACAAACCGACCAUAUCCCCACUCUAUCACACCCAUAUCCGAGUCACCCCCAAGGAUACGGCACAUCCCCAGGUGGAAACAGAUAUCUCUUCCAUUGUGAGACGUUGAACGUUAUCCCCUCCGGACAUAUUUUCACAGUGACGACAAGCAACCCAGUCACUCAUCCUCUUCCAUCGGAGGAGUUGUUAACAAUGCAAUGGCAUCUAAGUCGUAUUGCUAGUAUGCAAGGGGCUGGCGAAGACGAGGACAGUGACCUAGACUCCGAUGGUGACUCUGUCGCCGUUACCUCAGGCUCACGAUCGCCGGCAAAGGAGACUCACAACUUCCCCGAAAAAUUUGUUCUAGCGUCGCCGGGAGGAUCCCCGAGCAAGCGAGCUAGUAUCCCCUUUGAGAACGUGCUUUCCGAGAACAUACCUCUCAGACAUCCAACCCAAUCGCCGCCACCUUCCAAGGCACGGAAUCUACCUAGUAUGGGUGAAUCCUCUAGUGAACCCAUCGACAAAUAA